UGAUAGCAAGCAGACGUCCUCCAGAAUUGGCCAAUGCGGGCUGCACUUGACUUGCACUGGCGCUGGAAAGCAAUCGAUAAUAAGCCAGGCCGAGCUUUCUCAUCCGAUCUGCUCAAGAUCCUCCGAGACUUGGCAAAUUGAAAUUCAGUCGCGCCGCUUGACCAGCCUUUCAACUGAAUUGCGAGAAUCACCGCAACCUCAAGCCCGCUGUUACCGUCAUCUUUCCGCGUCCGCCACCGAUUACAUUCACUUAUCGGCCACCAUAUCAAAAAACUUCUGCAUCCGCGCACUCCUCCAGCUCCCCAGCACUUCUCCUCCCCAGCCUCGUCGUACCGCAACCCUCGACAAUAUCACCACCGUCAUCCAUCCCAAUAUCCAGCGCUUCUUGUUAUCUAUUCGCCCCCAGAGAACCUCGGACAUCAUGGCGGACUUCUCCCACUACGGCGCCGACGACGAUAACGUCGAAAUCAAGUCGCUGGCUGCCGAAGUUGAAGCCGAUACCGAUAGUUUCGAGGCAUGGGAAAAGCUCAUUCGUGCUUGUGAGGCUCAGGAAGGAGGACUGAACCGAAACUCCAGCCCUCAGGCUCUUUCCACCCUACGCGAUGCCUACGACAGAUUCCUCCUCAAGUUUCCUCUGCUAUUUGGCUACUGGAAGAAGUAUGCCGAUCUCGAGUUCAACAUCUCCGGCCCCGAGUCGGCCGAAAUGAUCUAUGAGCGCGGUUGCGCCAGCAUCACAAACUGUGUGGAUCUGUGGGCAUCUUAUUGUUCGUUCAAAAUGGAAACAACCCACAAUCCGCUCUUGGUGAGAGAGCUCUUUGAGCGCGCGGCAACAUCCGUUGGUCUCGACUUCCUCGCCCACCCCUUUUGGGAUAAGUACAUCGAGUAUGAAGAGAGACAGGAAGCUCAUGACAAGAUCUUCGCUAUCCUGCAGCGAGUGAUUCACAUUCCCAUGCACCAGUAUGCUCGCUACUUCGAGCGUUUUCGACAACUUGCUCACAAUCGACCCCUUGUUGAGCUGGUGCCAUCAGAUACUCUGGCACGUUUCCGCACUGAAGUCGAAGCUGAAAACGCAGCAUAUGGUGGAAUGGCCAAGGCUGAACUCGAGUCGGAGCGGGACAUUCGCGCCAAGAUCGAUACUCUGUAUUACGAGACUUUCCGUCAGACCCAGGAGGAGACCACGAAGCGCUGGACCUACGAGUCUGGGAUUAAGCGACCAUACUUUCAUGUUACGGAGCUUGAAAACGAGCAGAUGGCCAACUGGCGCAAGUACCUUGACUUUGAGGAAGCUGAGGGUGACUUCGCUAGGAUCACAUUUCUCUACGAACGAUGCAUUGUCACGUGUGCGCUCUACGACGAAUUCUGGUUUCGAUAUGCGCAGUGGAUGUCUUCCCAGCCUGGAAAGGACGCCGAGGUACGCCAUAUCUACAUGCGUGCUGCUGCGCUCUUUGUGCCGAUUAGCAGACCCGGCAUUAGACUUCAGUUCGCGUAUUUUGAGGAAUCGCAAGGUCGUGCGGAUGUUGCACGAGACAUCCACGAGUCCAUCUUGAUGCAACUCCCUGAUUGUGUAGAGGCUAUUGUCUCAUGGGCCAACCUGCAGAGGCGUCAAAGCGGCCUCGAUGCCGCUAUCGAGGUCUACAAGACACAAAUCGAUGCUCCUCAAGUUGACAUUUUCACAAAAGCUGUUCUUGUUACGCAAUGGGCCUAUCUUCUUUGGAAGAUCAAGGGGUCUGUGGAUGAAGCCAGAACAGUAUUUGCCAAGAAUGUACAAUGGUAUGCUGACAGCCGGCAUUUUUGGCAAAAGUGGGUUGAAUUCGAGUUGGAGCAGCCUACCAACGCGGAUCUUGAAAUCCAACACAGCGAGCGAAUGAAGCGGAUCUUCGAUGACUUGCGUGUAAAGAGCCGCAUCUCCUCUGCUGCAAAGAAGAGUCUAUACUUGACAUACUUGACUUACCUUCAGGAAAGAGGUGGUAAGGAUGCUAUGAAGCAGUUCUUGACUGUACACAGGGAAAUAUAUGGUCCUUCUUCGACCUCUAUACUAAGCAAGCCAACUCUCAAGGAGAAUGGCACGAUGCGGGCACCUCUGGACGAUGCUGCUCGACAGAGGGCCGAGACCACUUACCCAAGUUACUAUGAGUUUAUCGCCGAGCCAGACGAGACGGCCCAAGGCACCGCAUCAUUCAACUAAGGCGGCUGUGUCCUCGAACGACUCUGAUCAACGAGUUUCGAAUGUGGCUCUUCUUGAAAUUGGCACUGCAUCCACAUGUGUAUAGAGCGAGUCAAUCUCGCAAUCUUUCUGCUUCCCCUAUGGGUCUGGAAUUCUUAAGGUGGGGUCAAAAAUGUAUUCUAGCCCGGUAAGAGACGUCACUGGGACUGGAGUUAAAGGCGUGUAGUAUAUGGGCCGAUGAGGACUGAAGUUGCACACGUAUAACCAUUUACUUGAGCAUUUGGAGCUAAUGUAAACGAAGCUCAAUGUGCACAUCGUAUAGCUUAAUAGUAGCUUAUUUCAACACAAGAUGCCACAUCAAAACAGCAAUACGGACG